AGGAAAAAAACGAGUGCGGAGUCUGCGCAACGAAGUUUCGGGAGAACCGCAGAGAAAGAAGGAGGAGGAGGAGAACAGCGCCAUUUUUAUUUUACUGGUCUGGGCCCGGUUCUGAUGGAUUUCCCAGAGGAUCAGAAGAUGGCGGCGCCCGGCAGCGGCGGCGACGCGGCGUGGGGCGAAGACGAGGAAGACGCCGUCCAUGGAGGAGUGAAGGAAGCUUUCCGGUCCAAACCCCGGUUCUCCUACACGGAGGUGAAACUGCUGCUGGAUGAGGUGAAGAAGAACAGACACAUCCUGCUCAAGAAGUUUAACCGCGGCGUGUCGGUGGACGCCAAGAAGCAGAAGUGGACCGAGAUCACGGAUCGGAUCAACGGGCUGGGAGAGAACCACCGAGAGACGCGGCAGAUCAUGAAGAAGUGGGCGGACCUGAAGUGCGACGGGAAGCGGCGGCUGCUGGCCCUGCGGGGCCCCAACGGCUCCAACCUGAGGAAGAAGCGUCUGGGCCCGGUGGAGCGGAUGGUGCAUCGCAUCCUGAUGAUGAGUCCUUCUAGAGAUGGCGGCAGCGACCAGGACUGGAGUCCUGCCGAGGACUUUUCCAAGUCGCUCCAGACGGGUCCGCUGAUGCAGCCGCCGGCGCCGUAUUCCUACCUGAACCUGAACGAGAACUCCGGUUCCCAUGGCGACGGCCUGUCCUUCGACAUGUCGCCUCUGUCCUCGCCGGAGAACGAACCCGACGAGCUGAUCCACUCCUCCUCCGAGUUCGAGCAGGCCGAUGAUGAAGGUCCGUCCUCCCAGGACGUCAAGCAGAGGAUCAGACCCGUCUUCACGUACUCCAGGACUCACCAGAACCAGAACCAGAAGUCCUGCAGCCUCCCUCCAGGGGGCGUCGCUCCCUCCUCCUCCUCCUCUUCGUCGGCAGUGGCCGGUGGCCCGCCGCCCGCCCCGUCGCUCCCGUCCCGGCCGUCCCCGUCCCGGCUGUCCUCCCAGAGCCUCCAGCAGCAGCGCGCGGGCCGUCUGCUGCUGGGCUCGGUGUCGCGCUCCCUGGAGGUUCUGACCCGGUCCGUCCAGCUGCUGGUGGAGAACCAGCAGGAGUUCGUCCAGGAGUCGCUGCAGCUGCAGAGGGACGCCGUGGACGUCCUCAGAGACUUCUCUGAGACUGCGCUGCGAAUGCUGAGGGACAAAACCAGCAGCGGACCGCCCGGACUGGACCAGAACCCACAGCAGAACCACCAGCAGAAUCCUCCUACCGGGUCCCAGCAGCAACAUCCAGCCUCACGGUUCUGACCCUCCUAGUGCCCAUCUGACCAGAACCGGAACACAGGACACGCUGACCUGCUGCAGGGCUGGAACCAGGUUCUGACCCAGUCGGUGCCGUUGGUUCUGAUCCGGUCGGUUCCGGCUCUUUAUUUAUUGACAUCCUGCUCAGGUUGUCCUCACGUUGGCAGCAGGACAAAUGGAGAAAAACUCCCAAUUAUUUUGAUUUUUCAAUCAACUCACUUUAUUUUAAGUUGUCAACAUUAAACACAGGAAACAAAAACAUAACAAUAAACAAACUCAUAAUUUACCAAAAAAGGAAAUUUAAUUUAAAAAGGAACAGGCUGAAGCCAAAGCUUGUACUCGCCUACCACUACUGAAAUGGUUUUUUACGCUCAUUUGCUACAGAAACAGACUAAAAAUAUGAUUGAAAAUAAAAUAUUCAUAAUUUCAACAAAACCUUGAAA